CCGCUUACGACCCACAAUGCCCUGCGCGGCGCGGCCGACCAAAAUGGCAGUGCCCGUCAGGCGGGGUGGUCUCUAGGUGCUGGAGACUGUUGAUAUGGCUGCGGGCCCGGCCCUCCGCGGGCCCUGGGUCCUCGGCCUGGCUGGGCUUCGGGCCCUGCGAGAGCUGCGCUGCGCCCGCUCAGCUGUCCGCAUCAGUUCCCUGAAGAACAGAAUCCAACAGGUCAGGGUUGUUCGCUUGUAUGGAAAUGACUCUGCCCUCGAUCACCUCCUUGGGAUUUCUAAAGAGGAACCAAAGUGUUUGGUUGGUCAGCAUCCACCCCCUGUGAGUGUCUUUAAAGCCGAGCAAGAUUAUUUACUACUGCACCCACCAGAUCAGCCUGAAAAUUCCAGGAUCUUGAGAAUUGCUAUAAUUGGGGCACCCAAUGCUGGGAAAUCGACCCUUUCAAAUCAGCUUUUGGGCCGCAAGGUCUUGCCAGUCUCCAAGAAGGUGCACACAACGAGAUGCAGUGCUCUGGGUGUCAUCACGAAGGAGGACACCCAGCUAGUUCUCUUGGAUACUCCUGGCCUCACCACUUUAGCCAAAGCCAAAAGACACAACUUGGAAAAAUCUCUGCUCUAUGACUCCAUGGAGAGCUUGAAGAGCGCAAACCUAGUGGUGGUGCUCGUGGAUGUAUCGGAUCACUAUACAAGGAACCAGCUCCACCCACGAGUGCUGCAGUGCCUCUCUGAGUUCCCCCAGGUUCCCAGCAUCCUCGUCCUGAACAAGGUGGAUCUGCUCAAGAAGAAAUAUCUCCUCCUGGACCUAGUCACCGAGCUCACCGAGGGUGUUGUCAAUGGGAAGAAGCUUGGAGUCAAGUCGCUGUUGAAGCCCCGUUCCUCUUUGCCCAGCAGAGACAAACUCCCUGAGGGCCUCCAGGCUUCUGCAGCCUCUGAGGACUCAACGGAGGGUCUCCAGGCACCCCACGAAGCCCAAGCAGGCCCUGGUUUGGACUCGGAAGUCCACAGUGUCAGUACAGAUGUGGACUUGGAUCCCGCGAGGGAGAGCUUCAAGAGGCAGAAGAAACGGGCCAGGAAAGGCUGGCCCCACUUCCAGGAGAUCUUCAUGCUGGCUGCUGUGAACGGAGAGGAGGUGGAGACGCUGAAGAGCUACCUCCUGAUGCAAGCCAAGCCAGGCCCCUGGGAGUUCCACAGUGAGGUCCUGACCAGCCAGUCCCCCCAGGAGAUCUGCGACAACAUCAUCCGUGAGAAGCUCCUCGAGUAUCUGCCUGAAGAAGUGCCAUACUCCGUGGGCCAGAGGACGGAAGUCUGGGAGGAGGGGCCCAGCGGAGAGCUGGUCAUCCUGCAGAAUCUGCUGGUCUACAAGGAGACCCAUAUGAAGAUGCUGAUUGGCCCCAGCGGUCAGCUGAUCAGUCGGAUUGCCUUCGAGGCUGGCCAGGACCUGAUGAACGCUUUCCUCUGCGAUGUUCACCUUCGACUCUGCGUGAAGCAGAAGAAAUAACUUUCUCAGCCAGGGCCCCUGCCUGCAGGAAUUUGGAUGUCUGGUUGGAUCCACCAUGAUGCUGGGAAUCGGGGGGUCAUGCCAAGCAGUCCUGAGCCCCUGAAGCUGCUUCGUGUCUCGUUUCUGUUCUCCCAGGACUGUUGCAGAAGGUGUGAUGCUGCAGAAGUGCAAUCCAGCUUGGUGUUACUUCACACCGGUGGCAGCAGCAGGCAAAGGGAGGCUUCAGGGGUUUGCAGAUGCUGUUGACUACAACUCUCAUCAUCCCCAACUGUAGUGGCCUAUGGCUGGGGGUGAUGGGAGUUGUGGUCAACAGCAUCUGGGGGAAAGUGCUUGAAUAGCUCCAAGCUGCUGCUGGUUCCUCAAGGCAGAGAAUCUUCUGGUCUCUCUGAUGUAACAUGUUCUCUCAAAUAAAAUUAGGAGAUGGCC